CGUGACACGAGCAGGAGCUGGAGGAGCGUCACACGGAUUUAUGAACAAACUACAAUGGGUUACGGUUUCAUAACGGUUCAUAAUGAUUUCAUUAAUGUGCAGUUUUGACUGAAUGUUGACAGGCGUUCAGGUCGUGUAACAUUUGGAUACAGAUACAGCAUUUACUGAACCACAGCGACAAUUUUGUUUUAAAAAGUAAUAAAAAGUUAAAUGAACAACAUUUAUGUUAAAGUUAUAUUAGUAAACGUUGAUCGAUUACUUUAAACGCGGACCUAAAAUCCCGGGAUCAGUGUGUGAUCUGUAUGAUAUGAGCUGAUUUUCUCUCCAAAACAGGAAUUUACAUGUACUUGAUGGGAAACCAUGAACAUUGUGAGAAACUGAGUCUAGAAGACUAACAUGUCAGUCAAGAUUUACCCGUGCAGCUCCAUGAAGACUGAAUGAAUCAUGGACGACACACAAACACUGAAUGGAGAUUUUUCUCCAGAAUGCAGUCAAUUACACAGUCAGAGUUCAGUCUCACCGGAGCCCAGCUGUGUGUCCAUGAAGAGUGACCGGUCUAUGGACGCACCACUAAAAUUUAAGGGAAGACACACAUCAGCUGAUCUGAGUCAAUUACACAGUCAGAGAUCAAACUCACCGGAGUCCAGCUGUGUGUCCAUGAAGAGUGACCGGUCUAUUGACGCACCACUAAAAUUUAAGGGAAGACACACAUCAGCUGAUCUGAGUCAAUUCCAUGUUAAGAGAUCAAACACACCAGAGUCCAGCUGUGUGUCCAUGAAGAGUGACCAGUCUAUGAACACAUUAGUAACAUUAAAGGGAAAACACACAUCAGCUGAUCUGAGACAUGACUCUCAACUGGUCCAAAGCACAUUCAAAUCAAAUCUGCUGAAGAAGUUUCAGUGUCUGUAUGAAGGAACAGCGAAGCAGGGAAACCCAACACUCCUGAAUGAGAUCUACACAGAGCUCUACAUCACAGAGAGUGAAAGUGGAGAGAUCAAUAAUGAGCAUGAGGUGAGACAGAUUGAGACACAAUCCAGGAGAGCAGAAACAGAGGACACACCAAUCAAAUGCAAUGACAUCUUUAGACCUUUACCUGGACAAGACAAACCCAUCAGAACUGUGCUGACAAAGGGAGUCGCUGGCAUUGGAAAAACAGUCUCUGUGCAGAAGUUCAUUGUGGACUGGGCUGAAGGGAAAGAGAAUCAGGACGUCCAGCUCAUAUUUCCACUUCCUUUCAGAGAGCUCAACUUGAUGAAGGACAAAACACUCAGUCUUUCAGAUCUUCUUCAUGUCUUUUUCCCUGAAACAAAAGAAAUGGAAAUAUCCAGUGAUGAAUAUAAAGUGUUGUUCAUCUUUGAUGGUCUGGAUGAGUGUCGUCUGUCUCUGAACUUUAAGAGCGAAGUGAAACUGUGUAAUAUAUCUGAAUCAGCCUCAGUGGACGUACUGCUGAUGAACCUCAUUGUGGGGAAUCUGCUUCCCUCUGCUCUCAUCUGGAUCACCUCCAGACCAGCAGCAGCUGAUCUCGUCCCCUCUGAGUGUGUCCAUCGAGUGACAGAGGUACGAGGCUUCAGUGAGCCACAGAAGGAGGAAUACUUCAGGAAGAGAAUCAGUGAUCAGAGUCUGGCCAAUAUAAUCAUCUUACACCUGAAGUCAUCAAGGAGCCUCUUUAUUAUGUGUCACAUCCCAGUGUUCUGCUGGAUCUCAGCCACUGUUCUAGAGAAGAUGUUGAGUGAAGCAGAGCUAGGAGAGAUUCCCAAGACUCUCACUCAAAUGUACACACACUUCCUGAUCAUUCAGACCAACAUCAAACAUGAGAAGGACUAUGAGAAGAAAGUGAAACAUGAAGACAUGAUCCUCAAACUGGGGAAACUGGCUUUCCAGCAGCUUGUGAAAGGAAACCUGAUCUUCUAUGAGGAAGACCUGAGAGAGUGUGGCAUUGAUGUGACAGAAGCAUCAGUGUACUCAGGAUUGUGCACUCAGAUCUUCAGAGAGGAGUUGGGCUUGUAUCAGGGGAAAGUCUUCUGCUUUGUUCAUCUGAGCAUCCAGGAACAUCUAGCAGCUCCAUAUGCACACAUUUACUUUACAAACGAGAACAGAAAUGUGUUUGACCAAACCAAACCAAGUCUGUUGUCUAAGGUUUUAAACUGGUUAGGGUUAAACCAGAUUAAACAUGUUUCAUUAUCUGAGCUUCAUCAGAGAGCUGUGGAUGAGGCUUUACAGAGUAAGAAUGGACAUCUGGACCUUUUCCUGCGUUUUCUUCUGGGUCUCUCAUUGGAGUCCAAUCAGACUCUCUUACGAGAACUACUGACACAGACAGGAAGCUGCUCCUACAACAGAAAGAAAACAGUUCAGUACAUCAAACAGAAGAUCAGGGAGAAUCGCUCUCCAGAGAGAUCCAUCAAUCUGUUCCACUGUCUGAAUGAACUGGGUGACGAUUCACUGAUGCAGGAGAUCCAACGUUAUCUAAAAUCUGGAGGAAUAGGAAAAACCAAACUCUCCUCUUCACAGUGGUCAGCUCUGGUUUAUGUGUUUCUGACAUCAGAGCAGAAGAUGGAUGUUUUUGAUCUAAAACAGUUUAUUGGAACACAAAAUACAGCAGAUGAAGUUCUUCAGAAGCUGCUGCCUGUGGUUAAAGAAUCCAGAUCAGUUCAGUUGAGUAAGUGUGGUGUCACAGAUGAAGGUUGUGCUGCUCUGGCUUCAGCUCUGAGAUCAAACCCCUCACACCUGAGAGAACUGGAUCUGUCAGUGAAUAAACUAGGAGACAGAGGAGUGAAGCUGCUUUCUGAUCUACUGAAGGAUCCUCAAUGUAAACUGGAGAAACUGUGCGGAAGCGUUCCGCCGUCCUGUUCAGCCUCCUCGUGUGAAGACCGACUCGGGUAAAGACCUGCGACUCUACCUGCACGACUCCACCGAGCAAGGACACCGUUAAGGCACUUAAGUAUCUUCCUUCCCUUGCUUCUUCAGUUCUUUUCCUUCAUACUCAGCAUGUGCUUUCAAUACAUUCCUGUUGUCUCUCGGCAACGCUCCACUCUCACACGUAGAAGGCAGCGCAAUACUGCUAACCUGCGUCCUAUCUACUCCUCUUCUAAUACUCCUCUCUCUGUUUCUGUGGGUCUAUGGAAUUGUCAGUCAGCAGUUAACAAAGCUGACUUCAUUUCAGCCUUUGCUACUAAUUCUACUCUCAAUAUCUUGGGUUUGACUGAGACCUGGAUUCAUCCAGAGGACUCAAUAACCCCUGCUGCUCUCUCUAAUAACUUUCUCUCAUACCCCUCGCCAGUCUGGGAGGGGUGGGGGCACAGGUCUUCUCAUUUCUGACAAUUGGAAAUACUCAACUCACUCUUCUCUAUGCAACAACAAUUCGUUUGAGUUUCAUGCAAUUACAAUCACAACUCCGGUCAAAAUUCAUAUUGUAGUAAUUUAUCGCCCCCCAGGCCAACUGGGUUCCUUUGUAGAGGAACUGGACAUGCUGUCUUCAUUCCCAGGGGAUGGCAGCCCGCUUGUAGUUUUUGGAGAUUUCAACAUUCAUCUAGAGAAGCCUUAUGCUUCAGACUUCCUCUCUCUUCUAGCCUUAUUUGAUCUCAAACGGCUCAUCACCACAAGUACCCACAAAUCUGGCAACCAACUUGACCUAAUUUACACGUACAACUGUAUCACAGACAAUAUUUUGGUAAAACCUCUGCACAUCUCUGAUCAUUUCUUCAUUUCUUUUAAUCUACAACUCCCUAUUUGGGGACCACCAACCAUUUUACCAGUUACCUUCAGAUGAAACCUGUGCUCUCUCUCUUCUUCUCAUCUUUCCUCCGUUGUAUCAUCCUCCCUUCCCUCACCCAUACAAUUCCAUCUCUGGAUGUGAAUACAGCAACAGACACAUUAUGUUCCACCUUAACUUCAUCUCUUGACAGUAUCUGUCCUCUGUCAUCCAGGCUUGCACGUGCUACUCCCUCUAAUCCCUAGUUAUCCGAUGUUCUUCGUGAACACCGGACCAAAGAGAGAAAAUGGCGCAAAUCCAAAGACCCAUCUGGCCUAGGUAGUUAUCAAUCUCUGCUCUCAUCCUUUUCUGGUCAAGUCCAUGCUGCUAAAUCUUAAUUUUCCACAACAAAAUCAACAGCGCCUCAAACACACGCACACUUUUCAAAACAUUCGACUCUCUCCUCUGUCCCCCUCCACCACCACCCACCACCUCCCUAACUGCUGAUGAUUUUGCUAAUUUCUUCACUGACAAAACAUCUACCAUCAGCAGUCAGUUCUCAGCUCCACACACACAGGAACUCAGACCAACCACAUACACAGCCACACAUCUCCUCUCUUCCUUCUCUCCCCUCACUGAGACAGAAGUAUCCAAACUUCUCCUCUCCAGUCAUCCCAGCACCUGCCCUCUAGAUCCCAACCCCUCACACCUUCUACAAGCCAUCGCUCCUCCACUUUUACCAGCCCUUAGACACAUUAUCAACACAUCCACACAGGCAUUUUCCCUACCGCAUUCAAGCAGGCUUGGGUAACCCCACUGCUUAAAAAACCCACAAUAAACACGUCACUUGUAGAUAGUUACAGACCUGUCUCUCUCCUACCAUUCAUAGCAAAAACACUUGAAUGAGUUAUUUUCAAUCAGGUGUCAUCUUUCCUCUCACAGAGCAAUCAAUUGGAUGUCAAUCAAUCUGGUUUCAAGAGCGGCCAUUCAACCGAGACUGCACUACUGUCGGUCACUGAAUCCCUGUGGAUUGCAAAGGCUGAUUCCAAAUCAUCUGUUCUCAUUCUGCUCGAUCUGUCUGCUGCCUUUGAUACUGUGAAUCAUCAAAUACUUCUGUUCACCCUCUCAUCACUGGGCAUCUCAGGUACUCCACUUCACUGGUUUGAAUCCUAUAUCACAGGUCUUUCAGAGUUGCCUGGAGAGGGGAGGUAUCCAAAGAUCAUCAACUGAUCAUAGGGGUUCCUCAGGGUUCAGUUCUUGGACCCUUCCUCUUCUCCAUAUACACUACAUCACUGGGUCCCAUCAUACAGGCACAUGGGUUCUCCUACCAUUGGUAUGCUGAUGACAUGCACUGCACUGCAGCACCUCUCAUCUUUAAUGAGCCCAAAAGAGCCUACGUCACACCUCUCUUCAUCUCUCUGCACUGGCUAACACUUGCUGCUCACAUCAAGUUCAAGGUGUUUACGCUUGCUUACAGAUCUACCACAGGCUCAGCACCCUCCUACUUCCACUCACUUUUACGAGUCUACAUUCCUACCAGAAGCCUCUGUUCACUAAAGGAACAAAGGCUCAUGGUACCAUCAAAGAGAGGCACAAAAUCACUCUCCAGAACAUUUUCGUUCACUUCUCCAUGCUGGUGGAAUGAUCUUCCUGCCUUCUUCCGGAAUGCAGAAUCCCUGGCAAUAUUCAAAAGACAGCUGAAAAUCUUUCAUGAGCACUUCUUAACCUCAUCUUAAAAAAAAAAAAAAAAUUCCUGUUCUUUCAUUACCUAUCCUUUCAUUUCUUUUAAUCACUCUCUAUUGUAGCUUAUGAUACUCUGAGCAAUGUCUGAAACUUGUAUUGUGAGCACUUCUUGUGUCUAUUUGCCUCUUCAUGAUGACUCGCUUGUUGUAUUCCUCACUUGUAAGUCGCUUUGGAUAAAAGCAACUGCCAAAUGAAUAAAUGUAAAUCUUACAUGUGUUAUAAUGUACAGCAGGAGUGUCCAAUCCUGCUCCUGGAGGCCAACGUCCUGCAGAGUUUAGCUCCAACCAGCUCAAACACAUUUACCUGGAAGUCUUUAGUCAGUCUAAAGACCUUGUUUAGUUUGUUCAGGUGUGUUCAAUUAGGGUUGAAGAUAAAAAUUUGCAGGACAGUGACCCUCCAGGAACAGGUUUGGAUUAUUAUCAUUAUAGUGUACAAAACAAACUUUCUGGCAACAAGAUGAACACGUCAACAAUAUUACAAUACUAUUAAUACUUUAAUCCUCCAAUUUCCUUUUUAAUAAAACUGAUAAGAUGAGAUGCAAAAUGGCACCUGAUGUGUUUGUAAGAAACAAGACGGUGUGAUUCAAGAGACAUGAAUGAAGCACUGGCUUCAGAUACUGGGAUGAGUGGUGUAAGGGCCACCCAAUUGACCCAAUGAAAGUAUCCAGUGUGUGGCUGAAGGUUUCCUGUGCAUUCUGUCUUUUCCAUCUCUACUGUGUAUAACAUUUAUGUUAUUGCAGUUGUAGCAUCUGGACCAGACACACAAUUAUUCAUUAUAUUUAAUGAAUUAUCCAGAAACUCACUCUCUCAAAGUUCUGUGAACCCAUCCCCCUAAAAACUGCAACUAGCAUCCCAAACGUAGCUAACACACAGGCAGAACUAGGUGUCCUGUUACAGGACACAGGAAAACUGAUAAAAACUUUUACGAUCAGAAAAAAAUUUGCAGAGACUAGUGACUCUGACUUCAUUCUUUCUGAGAAGGACAAAUAAACCCUAUUAAUCCUAUAUAUUCUAUAUAUAACCACUUGAGAAAUGUAUAAACAUGUAUCCAAUUUUCCCAUCUCAUGACUUUCUUUUUAUAGGGUUUAUUCUAUGUAUUAAUUCUCUCUGUAGAACUAUUAUGGUAUUAAUGUUUCGGAGUUGAAAAUUUAUGGUUAACUAAAAUCACAUGGGUAGCACGUUUGGUAUCUACGGACUCCAACUUUCGUUUCCUAUUUGGUAAUUUAUGUUACAUGUUACUAACUCUGUGACACCUUAGUAUUAUAAGAAUCUAGAAGGUUCUUCUCUCAAACAUCCAAUCCAAUGUCUUAUGCUAAUAUCUUGCUACAGAACAAAGACUCGUAAAAUUUUCCCUCUGAAGGGAAAAUUCCUUAUUGGCUCAGACACCUCAGGAGGGUGUGGCAUCUUCACCCUUUAAAAUCACUAAUCACAAGAUCACCUCUCUUUUUUCCUUUACUGAAAAACGCUGAUGUAAAAAUGAUGCUGUACUAGAAGCUUCUAAGGAACUCUAAGCUUGUGCCAGGCUUCGGCCUAGACCUUCCAUUCACCAAAGAUCCUCUGAAUCCAACUGGUUCUUUUUCAUCAAGACAAUAUCAGCAAAGAUUCAAUGGGAGCCUCCACAAAUUGCAUCAGGACAGCUUUAAUUCAAAUGGGCGAGACAUGCAAGUAUCAGACUUAGUCUCAUUAUUUGAUACAUUGAGUAUCCUUACUCCUUUUAAAGAAGGGCCUGUUAAAACUAAACUGAUGGUUUGCUCAAGGCUGUUGAUCUGCUGAAUUUCAAACAAUGCUGUAACUUCUUGCUUUCCUGUAUUUUGCUUCAGCUCUCUCUUUCGCUUGGUAAACUAUGCAUGUAUGUGUGUGAAUGUUAGAUUAGUUAAGUGUUUAGUCUAGUUAAUAAAGUCUUGUUCAUGUCACACGUAGAGUUGUCCGUGUUUCAUGCUCAUACUGGAGUCCCUAUUCAUGCAGAUCCUGACUACAUGCUCUGAGUAGUACUGUACAUAAGAUUGUUAUUUCCCAUAACCUGGAAAUGAACAUUUCUUAGAAUUAACAAUUAACACUGUGCGUCCAUUGGACAACAGUUUAAUUGAUUGUAAUAUUAAUUUUAUUACAUUAAGUUAAUUUUAUUAACUGAUCCAAAUAUUUAUAAUAAAUUAUAACUAGUUAUGAUUAAUUAUUCAUAUUUCUUUUGAGCUAAUUUGCUACACAGUUUAAGGUCUUUAAUUACAAUUUAGGUUUUAUGUUCUUUUUAAAUAUUUUUUUUCCAACACUUCAUUAUUCUACUUAAUUCUAUACUUUAAAUUGCACUUGUUUAUUUGGAUUCCAGUGUUAUCUUGUGCCGUCUGUUUAUCCGGGUCUCACAGUCACAAACUUGCCAGUCUGUUCUUUAGUCAGUGGUUGGACUAUGAAAUAUGCUGUCCCAUGCCUGCUAAUUUUUCACAUAGUAUUUCAUCUAGCCCUCUAUAUAACUGCAUAAAGAGAAAAUUUUGAAUUUUGCCUAAUGAGUCACAUGCUCCAUCUAAUUCUAAUUCUGACAUCAGUAAGAUACAUAGUGCUGAGUGUAUGGAUACAGUCCACACUAUGGGCUGAUCUGGCUACAGAAUUGCCCUGAGCCUUUUGCAAACUUUCCUCGAGUACCCAGACUAAGAUAAACAUCCUCCAAAUGGAGGCAUGAAAAGACCCUGGGAAAGAGCAAACCCUCUGCAGUGAGCAAAGUAUCCCUAAACUCUGACCUUUAUUACCUUUUACGCCCAUUUCACACUGCAAGCUUGAGUGGCGUGUGAGCGUAACUACAUCGUCACUGCAGCUGCAGAGAUGCGCGAGUAUUCACACUGGAAGCGUUUGUACAGCGUCACAGCAGCGGCUCAAAGCUACAUAUAAAGUGAGCAUUUCUUUACAAAGACAGCUAUUAAUUUCUUUUUAUAAGUUGGUCAUUUAUAAACGUGAUAGUCUUGAAGGUUUGUUAACAUGGGGAGGUGUACAACAUUCACAUAUAAACAUAAAAAAAUAAAAAUAAAUAAAUAAAUAAAAGCCUCGUAUCAUCCAUUGCUGCACACGAAUGAGGUAAGGUUUGUGUUUUAUAUCAUCUGCUGUGUGCACAUGUUUACAAGACAGCAAACUCUGCGAAAAAAGUCAGCAAACUCGGGUUUGAUUUGGUUAUGCUGCAGUCUAUAUAUCUGUCUGUGUAUUAACUAAAAGAAUGUUUAUAUAUCAUAUUUUCUGGCUAGUUUAGUUGAGCUUUUUAUAAUACACCAUACUUUAACCGAAACUGAAUAAUUAAAAACAAGUUUAUCUGUCAUACUCCAAUUCUUGUUAAAACACACUAGACAUGCUUAUUCUGUGCAUUUUGAACACUUUGUGUGUGAAAUUAUAUUUAAUUUGUCCAUCAAAAUUGUGCUUUCAUCUUAAUUGAGCAGCAGCAGCACAGCAAAAAUAGACUCGGCACUGAAACCCCCACUUCACUGCUGCUCAUGCAAUGCUCCUGCUUGACGCUCAUGUGCUGCUCCUGCUGCCGGUGUGAAUGCAUCCAUUGGUUAACAUGCACGCCAAAAAAAAAAAAAAAAAAAAAACGCGCAUUUCCCGCAUUUUCACUCUGUGGGGUGUGGAGACAGAUGCCUGUGUGUGUUUGUAUUUUGUUUUCAGUAGCAAAGCUAUUUUACUAAUAAAAGUCACAGAGCAGCAUUCACAACAAGUUUCUGUGCUCCUGAAUUUCUGUGUGCGAUGUGAGAUCUCCAAUUUCUUUGUGUGAAAGUUUUGUGUGUGUGUGUGUGUGUGUGUGUGUGCCGUCCCCACCAUUGAAGAAAAUUUCCACCUUUCCGUGUUUUCACUGUUGUAAGGUAGGGAGUGUUAUUAUACAUCUUCUGAAAGAGUACAGAAUCUCUUAAUCAAACACAUGCAAUGAAGAAGCAGAAACAAGCAAUUAUCAUACGUAAGCAGAUGCAUAUGUAAAAUAAUGCAGUCAUCAACAUUAAACAGCAUAUAAAUCAAAACUGCCUAAUGUUACUGAAUUAAAUGUUGACCGAGGACUGUGUUUUGAUCAUCGUUCUGAAUCCCAUCCAGAUGAAGUCUUUGACAAAAACAUGAUUUUCUCAGUUUUUUGGUUAAAAUGUUUUUUUUUUUUUUUUUUU